GCUGCCCCACUUGCCUCAUCCACAGGUAUGCACCUCGCGCUCAACUCUGAAGCUAUUUGGUGCUUUUGUCUCUUUUUCUUCCAGGUGAAUGGAACAUAUUUUCAAACAAAAUAUCGGCCAAGAGUAGUGGCAGAUCAAAGCUGAGAAGUUCACAUUUAAGAAGAACUGAUUUGAAGCCUGACCAUGGCGACAAUUGGGGAUUUCGACCCGCUCAACUCCACCGUACCUGCGACUAAAAUAGAACUUACCGUCUCGUGCAGGAACCUGCUGGAUAUGGACACCUUCUCCAAAUCAGACCCUGUUGUGGUUUUGUACGUUCAAGGCAUUGGGACAAAGGAGUGGAGAGAGUUUGGCCGAACAGAAGUGAUCGAUAACACCCUGAACCCGGACUUUGUUCGGAAGUUUGUCCUGGAUUUCUUCUUCGAGGAGAAGCAGAAUCUUCGCUUUGAUGUGUACAAUGUGGACACCAGAAGUUCAAACAUUUCAAAACAUAAGGACUUCCUGGGCCAGAUGUUCUGCACUCUGGGGGAGAUCAUUGGGUCCACAGGCAGUCGGCUGGAGAGAACCCUGUCUGGGAUCCCAGGGAAGAAGUGUGGGAACAUCAUAUUCACCGCUGAGGAACUGAGUAACUGCAGGGACAUUGCCACUAUGCAGCUGUGUGCCAACAAGCUGGACAAAAAAGACUUCUUCGGCAAGUCAGACCCAUUCCUGGUCUUCUACCGCAGCAAUGAAGACGGAACGUUCACCAUCUGCCAUAAGACAGAGGUGAUAAAGAAUACUCUGAACCCUGUGUGGCAGCCCUUCACCAUCCCAGUACGAGCCCUCUGUAAUGGAGACUAUGAUAGGACGGUCAAGGUGGAUGUGUAUGAUUGGGACCGAAAUGGAAGUCAUGACUUCAUUGGCGAGUUCACCACCAGCUACAGAGAAUUCUCAAGAGGCCAGAGCCAGUUCAACGUCUAUGAGGUUCUAAACCAUAAAAAGAAAGGCAAGAAGAAGAAGUACGUCAAUUCAGGGACAGUGACACUGCUGUCCUUCAAAGUGGAGUCAGAAUACACAUUUGUGGACUUCAUCCGGGGAGGGACGCAACUCAACUUCACAGUGGCCAUCGAUUUCACAGCGUCUAAUGGUAACCCAUCCCAGCCCACCUCUCUGCACUACAUGAGUCCCUACCAGAUGAAUGCCUACGCCAUGGCCCUGAAGGCUGUGGGGGAGAUCAUCCAGGACUACGACAGUGACAAGAUGUUCCCCGCCUAUGGCUUUGGAGCCAAGCUGCCACCGGACGGCAAGAUCUCCCAUGCCUUCCCACUGAACUCCAACAGUGAGAACCCUAACUGUGUGGGGAUCGAGGGAGUGUUGGAGGCGUACUUCCAGAGUCUCCGCACCGUUCAGCUCUACGGACCCACCAACUUCGCUCCUGUCAUCAACCAGGUGGCACGGUGUGCUGAGGAUGUGACGGACGGAUCCCAGUACUUUGUGCUGUUGAUGAUCACAGACGGAGUCAUCUCAGACAUGGUGCAGACCAAGGAGGCUGUGGUCAAUGCUGCCGCUCUGCCCAUGUCUAUCAUCAUAGUGGGAGUAGGCCCUGCUGAGUUUGACGCAAUGGAGGAACUGGACGGUGACGAGGUCAGAGUGUCCUCUAAGGGGCGCAUUGCUGAGCGAGACAUAGUCCAGUUUGUGCCGUUCCGGGACUACAUUGACCGCCAGGGCAACCAGGUGCUGAGCAUGGCACGGCUGGCCAAGGACGUGUUGGCAGAGAUCCCUGAGCAGCUGCUGGGUUUCAUGAAAACGAGGGACAUCGAGCCCCAGCCUGCCCUGCCCGCCUCCUCCACCACCACUACCACCUCCAGCACCUCCACCACCACUACUGCCCCUAUAGGACUCAACAACCUGUGCAUCUGAGAGCGGGGUUUGGGUGGGGUGGGGUCAGAGGUCGGGGGGUCUUAGAUCUAGGGCCAUAGGGCCAUGGUUUGGACUAUUUUCAGUUGCAGCGAAUACCUGAAGGGCACAUGAACACACACACACACACACACACAGGCAGUUGCUGUCCUAGUCAGAGGGGUAGACUGCAACAGCACUGAAAGCUUUUUCACUACCCCUCCUUCCAUGUUGAAGUCAGCUGUUUUCCUGAUUCUUCUUUUAUCUCCCUGCCAUAGCGAUGUCCUGCCUGGCGGACACAGCGCCCUGCUGUGAUGGAACGACUCAACAGCUCAACAGGGGUCAAAUGCAGCGUGACCUUUGGAGCUGAGAACUGUUGGAACUUCCUCUGCAGUCACCAACCCCUUACCGACCCCUUAGCUUCUUUCUUAAUGAAGGGGUCAGGGAUCGGUCGCAGUUAAAAGUCAGAAAAAGCAAGAGUUUGUGGACUUUUCGGCGGAUAUAAAGAGAGAUCGAUGUUCACCUUUUUUCCUAUGCCUCACUAGUUCUGCAUGCAAUGAGUGUUUCAUCCUUGCGUCUUGUUGUGGUCCGAAACAGAAACAGCAACAAACUGGCCACUUGGGUUGCAAUGGCACUACUCUACUUUGACCACUCUCUGGCUAAUGUAUAUUUUCCAUGUGUAUAAUGACACUAUAAACAUUGCAGAAAGUCGGUUAAUAUCCAAAACAAGUGAAAGACACAAAGUAUCUUCAUGUUUGGUGUCUACUCAGGGCAUUUCUGGAGGCUUUUGGUUGAGUUUCUCAAAACGAGGGAGACAGAAACAAUAUGGCGUAUAGAUGGUUGUAGUCUCAGCCUCGGCCACUGGAGUCCUUGUGUUCAUAUAUCUUCUCAUCAUUCGUUGUGCAAGGACUGGUUCGUCUUGCCCAGGGGUUGAUUGAAUAGUGAAUAUAUUGUGCUAUGCCAGUCCACACUAUAUGUAUAUAGGUAGUUGAAUGUUACCUCUUCAAAAAUAUGUUCUAUAUAUUCCUGAUAUAUUCCAAGUGUUGAAAUGUAUAUGUUUAAUAGGAUGGCCUGUGAAAAGCGCUAUAUUUCAGAUCAGAAAAUAAAUUCAGAUACAGAAUGUGUAAAUAUUGAAAUAACUUUUGUCAUAAGGGCCUGCUAGCUGGCAAUUGCGUACUCCUGUUGAGAGAAAAGCCUUCAUCUUCAAAAUGAAGGGUCGUAAAAUCGAAAUUGGCUUGAGAUGGAGCAUAGCUUGACGUCACUGCACAGGUUAUUUCUGGCCCAAACAUUGGUCUGAAUAUACCUUGCCAUGACCCCACUCUCCGAGGGUGUCUCAGGGGGAGUUGGGAUAUGCAAAAAGCACAUUUCCAAUUCACAUAUGCGUAUAAUAAACAUGCAUAAAAUAGGACAAAUAUAAUCACCCACCAAAUUAUUAUUAUGAUAUUAGUACAGUACCGAGUCAGCUAUUUUUAAAACUUGUCCUUGAUUUCCUCCUUCCAAAUUGUAUAUUUUUCUAGCUUUUGCCCAGCGAUUAAAAAAUGAAUCAUUUAUGAAGUGGUCAGUCAAUGGUGGCAAAACCUGCUCCGUCUUUCAAACUCUGUGGAGCGUGCUCCUGUUUAGAAUGAGAAAGUUUCGGCAUGCGCUCGCUGAACAAAAGUGCUUAGAUGUAGUAAAGAACGCAUCAACACUUCAGGGUCACCAUGACCAUCCAUUUUUGCUAGAAAGAGGAGAGUAAGAGAGUGUGCCUCAGCAUAGGUUGUUCUCAAAAGUGCGGUCCCUCGCCACAACCUGUUUUGAGGGAGUUGAAAUGGGCUGCUUUACAUUGCAAAUGUAUGCAUGGUUUCUUUCCACCACAGCUCUGGUUUCUGAGAUAUGGGUCUAUAUGUUCAUUGAUGUUUUGGCUGGGCUCAUAGGCUCUACACAAGUUUAUUUACAAUGCAUGUAAUGCAUUCUUUUUUUGUACUAGUCUUUUUAUUAUGCCUUUGUUCUUUGAGAAAUGCCUGGCUAGAAGGGAUCAUUCAAACACAAAGCUUUUUUUUCACAUUCAAGCCUCUAUUGUGAUUUGUUUGAUUUCUCUCUCUUUCUCUCUCUCUCUUUCUCGCUCUUUCUCUUUCUUUCUCUCUCUCUCUUUCUCUCGCU